AUGGUCCCACAAAAGCACUGCCCCCCUUCCUCCCCCGACCCCUCCCCACCAAGUUCUACAGCUCGGGAAGCCUGGCCACGGGGCUUAAUUUCCCCCUACCGGAGGCCAGGUAUAGGCUGGCCUCGGCUCCGGUUUCCCAGGAUGUUCAAGUGUAGCCACAGAAGGUACCGGCAGAAAUCCCAAGGCCCAGCUGCCACCACUGCAGCCACCAAUCUUGCCACCAUGGCCACGGAUAUCAACAACACCCACACUGCCACCACCAGGGUGUGGAUCCUUGCACCGCAAGUACUCAGACACCUUUGUCAACCUGGCAGCUUUCUGAUCCUCUAG